AUGGCAUCCCUAGCUCGUCAAACACGGCCGGCUUUCUGUCGCUGCACCGCUCGCACCCGACGAUCUAUCACCACCAAUGCAACGGACGCAGCCUCCAGGCUUCUUGACACAUUCGCCGGCAAGGAUGUCGUCCGCAAGCAAUUGCUCGACUCCAACCAACUCCAACGUCUCAGUUUAACCCUUAACCGGAAAGAACUGCAUCCGGGCAUCGACAUCUCCUCAGAAGCGCCCGCUCAAGGCACGCCGCUGCCUCCUGGCUACCACCUUGUGUAUUUCACCCCGGUGGGCGUCGAGAGCGAGCUGGGAAUGGACGGUACGGACAAGACGUUCAACGCAGGGGCGCCGUUCACACGGCGGAUGUGGGCUGGCGGGAAGAUGCAGUUUGUUGAAGGAACUUCGCUCAAGGCUGGCGAGAUGGUUGAAGAGUGGACGAGACUUGUUGGAGCGACGCCCAAGAAGAGCAGAAGCGGAGAUGAGAUGGUGCUGGUAGAUGUAGAGAAGGAAUUUUGGGGUCGCGACGGAUUAGUUGUCAAAGACCAAAGGCAAGUCUUCGUGCGAGUGGAGGCCAUACAGCCAGGCUAA